UCAUCAUGUCUGAUCUCCUGCUUGAACCUAGACUGUUGUCAACACCGGAUCAGCUCAAUAAGCAGCAGCUACAGAUCCUGAAGGAACGUUUCCAGGCCUUCUUGAAUGGGGAGACACAAAUUGUAGCAGACGAAGCAUUCUGCAAUGCUGUGCGAAGUUAUUAUGAGGUAUUUCUCAAGAGUGACCGGGUUGCAAGAAUGGUUCACAGUGGAGGAUGUUCUGCAAAUGACUUUAGAGAUGUUUUUAAGAAAAACAUAGAAAAAAGGGUCCGAAGCCUGCCGGAAAUUGAUGGAUUAAGCAAAGAGACAGUGUUAAGUUCUUGGCUAGCCAAAUAUGAUGCCAUAUACAGGGGAGAAGAAGACUUUUGCAAACAGCCGAAUAGAAUGGCAUUAAGUGCUGUCUCGGAGCUGAUUCUGAGCAAGGAACAGCUUUAUGAAAUGUUUCAACAGAUUCUAGGGAUCAAAAAAUUGGAACACCAAUUGAUUUAUAAUGCCUGCCAACUGGAUAAUGCAGAUGAACAAGCAGCCCAGAUCAGGCGUGAACUAGACGGACGCCUACAACUGGCAGAACAAAUGGCAAAGGAAAGAAAAUUUCCCAAAUUUGUAACAAGAGAAAUGGAGAAUAUGUACAUAGAAGAGUUGCGGUCUUCAGUGAAUUUGCUUAUGGCAAAUCUGGAAAGUCUUCCAGUUUCUAAAGGUGGGCCAGAAUUUAAACUGCAGAAGUUGAAGCGAUCACAGAAUUCUGCUUUCUUGGACAUAGGAGAUGAAAAUGAGAUUCAACUAUCAAAGUCUGAUGUCGUCCUCUCGUUCACAUUAGAGAUUGUUAUAAUGGAAGUGCAAGGUUUAAAGUCAGUAGCCCCCAAUCGGAUUGUUUACUGCACUAUGGAAGUGGAAGGUGGGGAGAAGCUUCAGACAGACCAAGCAGAAGCUUCCAGGCCACAAUGGGGAACUCAAGGGGAUUUCACUACUACUCACCCUCGGCCUGUGGUCAAAGUAAAACUCUUUACAGAAAGCACUGGGGUUCUGGCACUUGAAGAUAAAGAACUAGGAAGAGUAGUGUUAUAUCCAACAUCCAAUAGCUCAAAGUCUCCUGAUCUGCAUAAAAUGAUAGUCCCCAAAAACAGCCAGGACAGUGACUUGAAAAUUAAACUGGCAGUGAGAAUGGAUAAGCCACCACACAUGAAGCAUUGUGGAUAUUUGUAUGCUCUAGGGCAGAAGGUUUGGAAGAGGUGGAAAAAACGCUACUUUGUUCUUGUUCAGGUUAGCCAGUACACAUUUGCAAUGUGCAGUUACAGAGAAAAGAAAUCUGAGCCUCAGGAACUGAUGCAACUCGAAGGAUAUACUGUGGAUUAUACAGCUCCUCACACAGGUCUUCAAGGUGGUCGAAUGUUUUUCAAUGCUGUUAAAGAAGGCGAUACAGUAAUAUUUGCCAGUGACGAUGAGCAGGAUAGAAUACUGUGGGUUCAAGCGAUGUACAGAGCCACAGGUCAAUCGUAUAAACCUGUUCCUGCAAGCCAGGCUCAGAAGAUGAAUCCUAAAGGAGGAAAUGUCAAUACAGAUAUAUCCCCACUUUAUGCAGACCGUGGUCAGAAACAUGGCAUGGAUGAGUUUAUUUCUGCUAAUCCCUGCAAAUUUGACCAUGCUUCCCUCUUUAGACUGCUUCAGAGCCAGACCUUGGAUCACAGAUUGAAUGAUUCCUAUUCUUGCUUGGGUUGGUUUAGCCCAGGCCAGGUCUUUGUGUUAGAUGAAUACUGCGCUCGCUAUGGAGUGAGAGGCUGCCACCGCCAUCUUUGCUACCUUAAUGAGUUGAUUGAACAUUCAGAAAAUGGCUCUGUCAUUGAUCCAACCUUACUCCAUUACAGUUUUGCAUUUUGUGCUUCUCAUGUUCAUGGUAACAGGCCAGAUGGAAUUGGAACAGUAUCCAUUGAAGAGAAAGAAAGAUUUGAGGAAAUUAAAGACAGACUCUCCUCCCUUUUAGAAAACCAAAUAAGCCAUUUCAGAUACUGUUUCCCUUUUGGACGUCCUGAAGGAGCUUUAAAAGCCACACUUUCAUUACUUGAAAGAGUUUUAAUGAAGGAUAUUGCCACCCCCAUACCAGCAGAAGAGGUGAAGAAAGUGGUUAGAAAAUGUCUGGAGAAGGCUGCCUUGAUCAAUUACACUCGGCUUACAGAAUAUGCCAAAAUAGAAGCAACAGCAGAGAAGGACUCAGAGACCAUGAACCAAGCAACACCUGCUAGAAAACUGGAAGAGGUUCUUCACCUGGCAGAACUCUGUAUCGAAGUGUUGCAGCAAAAUGAAGAACAUCAUUCAGAGGGAAGAGAGGCAUUCGCUUGGUGGCCAGAGUUAUUGGCUGAGCAUGCAGAGAAGUUUUUGUCUCUUUACUCUGUUGAUAUGGAUUCAGCACUUGAGGCACAGCCACAGGACUCCUGGGACAGCUUCCCACUUUUCCAACUGCUGAAUAACUCACUCAGAAGUGACAUGUUCUUGUGCAAUGGGAAGUUUCACAAGCACUUGCAAGAAAUUUUUGUUCCCUUGGUCAUCCGCUACAUCGAUCUCAUGGAAUCAUCGAUUGCCCAGUCCAUUCACAGAGGUCUUGAACAAGAGUCAUGGCAACCUGUCAAGAGCAUCACCAACAGUCUUCCUAAUGUAGCUCUUCCAAAAGUUCCAAGUUUGCCUCUUAAUCUUCCACAAAUACCUAGCUUUACUACACCAACCUGGAUGACUUCUUUAUAUGACUCCACCAAUGGCUCAGCUACAUCAGAAGAUCUUUUUUGGAAACUGGAUGCUCUGCAGAUGUUUGUUUUUGAUCUUCACUGGCCUGAACCAGAAUUUGCCCACCAUUUAGAGCAAAGACUUAAACUCAUGGCCACUGACAUGAUAGAAGCCUGUGUCAAAAGAACAAGAAUUGCAUUUGAACUGAAGUUGCAAAAGACAAACAAAUCAACAGACCUGCGUAUUCCUUCUUCACUGUGCACAAUGUUUAAUGUCUUAGUUGAUGCCAAAAAACAGACAGCUAAACUCUGCAUUCUGGAUGGGGGGCAAGAGUUUGCUAGUCAAUGGCAGCAAUACCAUUCAAAAAUAGAUGACCUGGUUGAAGAAACUGUUAAAGAAAUUAUUUCACUUCUUGUUUCAAAGGUUGUUUCAGUGUUAGAAGGUGUGCUGUCUAAAUUGUCAAGAUACGAUGAAGGCACUUUCUUUUCAUCAUUGGUUUCAUUCACUGUGAAAGCAGCUGCAAAAUAUGUUGAUGUUCCUAAACCAGGAAUGGAUCUAGCAGAUACCUACAUUAUGUUUGUUCGACAAAACCAGGAUAUACUUCGAGAAAAGGUCAAUGAGGAAAUGUACAUAGAGAAGUUAUUUGACCAAUGGUAUAGCAGCUCCAUGAAAGUCAUAUGCAUGUGGUUGGCUGAUAGAUUAGACCUUCAGCUUCACAUCUACCAGCUGAAGACUCUCAUCAAAAUAGUGAAGAAAACCUACCGAGACUUCAGAUUGCAAGGUGUAUUGGAGGGAACACUGAACAGUAAAACCUAUGAUACUGUUCACAGCCGGCUGACGGUAGAGGAAGCUACAGUCUCAGUCACAAAUGCAGGAGGACUUCAGGGCAUUACUAUGAAAGACAGUGAUGAAGAAGAAGGAUGAUAUUAUUUGCUAGGUGUUUGGAGUUCUGGGGCGA